AAUCGUGAAAACCACCCCUAUUCUGUUAAAUCAACAGAUACACCAAUCCUAUGUUUAAGUACAGUGGAAUUUUGAAGCUAUCAUUGGCGAAAAAGCUCAGUAGAACUUUUAAUGUGAAGGCAGACAUAGACAAGCUUCAGCUUCGUAGAGAAAAGUGAAAAGAGGUUUACGAGUUGUAAAAGCGGCAAUGGCGACACUUCAGGGGUUGUCGCUACGUUUACGACGCCACAUGUGUAAAAAAAUGUAAUCCAAGAAUUACUACAAUCUAAUCAAUUAAGGUUCUCGUAUUUACAUAAAUUGAAUUACAGCCGGUGUGGAAAGGCGAAACAGAUAAGGUGGAAUGGAAACGAUUGAAAAGGGACAAUGUUACAUCACGAAAUGGAGCAUUUGAUGAUAAGGCCGACCGACGAAUGAUAGUAAUCGGUGGGCCAGAAAAACAAGAGUACUUCCUCAAGUGAUGAGCGAGACUCGGCAUCACCUUCGUUCCGUUUCGGAUUUGUAUGCAGCCGAUGAAAUAGAGUCAUUACUUCUAGAAGAGAUUAAAGAUUUAGAACCACCACCUUCAGCUUAUUCACGACCUGAGGAUAUACAAGACUUCGAAAUUGCAGGAAGUAGAACAGGGGGAGCAAUUAGCUCCCAAUCUUCAGAGUUGGACUCACCUGGAGUCCAUUCAACGGUCCAUUCGUGGGAUUCACAUGCCAAUUACCAUGGACCUUAUGGACAUGGAGAUCACAGACAUGGCUCUUCCUCCAAUGCACUGCCAUGGCCUCGUUCCAACCACUUGGUUCUUUAUUGUGACAUACAGGGUCAUAUUAAAACGACGACGGGUAUCUUCAGACUUUUAUUACUCAUAACAUCCGUAGCAUGCUUGGCUACACUUUGCAGUGCUGGUACUGCUAAUGUUAGUCUCUUUAUGUUACCCCUGGUUGGAAGAUUGAGAUUUAUCAUUUUCGUAGCUGUUUUUUGUUUACUUGUCACAACUCUUUUCCUCUUCCUAGAUAUCUCCCACAUUGUUUAUAUGUUUCCUCUCAAUUGGGAUAAAUUUAAUUUUUGGAUAUUUACCAGUAUUGGAGUAUCAUACGUUAUAGGAUGUAGUUUACUCGGCUUAUCAAUAUGGGAAUAUCAUUUAAGUGGCUGGGUUCCACGACGUACACGUUCUCAACUUACUGCUGCAGCUGGUCUUGCUUUUUCUUGUGCAUUUAUUGCUUUUAUCCUUUCGUGGAUUCAUGGUCGUACUGGAAUUAGUUGUGAACCCCCACCUUCUCACGAUAACUCCCAAAGUCAACUUUAUAAACCAGUUGAAUCUUCUUCGUCAGGUUUGACGUUAAAAGAUAAAUAUCCUAAACAACCACCCCCUUGGGUUGUAAAAAAUCAAAGGUCAAAGAAAAAUACUGACAAUGAAUCAAAUGGAAAUGGAAAUUAUGAUAAAUAUAAAUCUGGUCAAAGGAAAGAUCAUUGGGCAUCAGCAAGACAACAUUUUCUAUCAUCACAAGAUGAUGAAGAAAUUCAAACAAUUCAAAGAGAAGAAAGUGAUCUUGAACGUAAGCGAAGAAGAAGAAGACAUGAUGGUGACAGCGCUUCUAGUGGUAAUGGUGGUUUAAGUCGUAAAAGUGAAGGUAUUGAAUCUAAACCAAGAAAAGUACCACAAAAAUUACCUCUCCAGACAAUUGAAAGGCCACAGCCGCGGAAAUGUAAUGUAUCAAAACAAUCAAGCACUGGAAAAGUUCUUAGAGCAACUACCAGCAAUGAUCUACAAAACUAUGUUGCUGCAGUGAAAGCAUGGGAACUCGAAACUGGGAAUAAUAUGAAAGAUAGCGAAGCUAUAAAAAAAUCACUUAUCGAAACUUCAAUGUGGUCAGAAUCGUGGCGACAACCAUCUGAUGAUGUUCAACCUUGCUCUAGUAAAACAGCUGAUUCAUAUACAUUUGCUUAAUCAUUUUGAAUAGAACGCUGAAACCAUCUAACUCGAACGUUUUCGACAUCAUGUACAAAAUUAUUCUCGCCUUGUAAAUUAAGCUGCCAUCAACAUAUUUUGCCCAAACAUUCGCUUAGUCUAUAAAUUAUUUUCAUGGACGACAGAUAAUUAUUACGAUAGCAUGUAUACUUAAUAAAAUGAAUCAUACGAAUAUGUUUGGUGAGAAGGAUUAAUCUUCUUUAUAGGAGGUGAUUAUUAUAAUGCACAGUAGAAAAAUUAAAAACGAGAACGGAACAUGAAAAUUAAAGCAGUAACUAUUAAUUGAUAAUAAAUGUAUUUUUAUGCCAACACAAUUUAAAUCAUACAUAAUUGGUAAUUUUUUGAUGUCAGUGAGUGAAAAACUAUAAUUAUUAUUGAAAUCAUUUAUUCAUGUAAAUUAACUUCUUAUAUUCGUUCAUUUUUAUCCAAUUAUAGGAAAUAAAUUAUUCGCGUGAAUGUAGAUUGUGAUAUGUUCAAAGAAGCAUGAGAUACAAUAAUAAUAUUGUGUGUCAUUCAAAGAUGAAAUAAAAUUGAAGUUGUAAAAAUAUAGAUGGGCUCACAUUGUCCAAGUGUUCUAAAUGCGAUUGUCGCAUUAUCGGGUCAUAUGGUGUCUUAAUUGUAUCAUUUCGAUCCGUACAUAUCGCGUGAAAGAAAUAAUAAUAUUCAAAGUGUGCCCAAAUUCCGAUCCGUUGAAAGAUUCUAUUUAAAAUAAUAUCAGAGAAACAUUAUUUUACCACGGUUUUAAUACCUUUCUACCGCCCAAGCAAAUUUAUAUUAUACUACUUGCUCUAUUUGACAUAAGUUUUGUUAACACGAUAUCACUUAUUUUUUUGAUGUGAUUAAACUAUGAAAGAAAAGAUUAUGUGAACAAAAAAAUAUUCAAACUGAUAAAAAAUUCUAUUGAGAAUUUUCUUAGGAAUAUUGUAUUACCAACAAAGAAAAAAUGUUUUUAUAAAA